AUGCUUAAAGCUUUAAAUCCUUGUACCCAGUCUCUGGGUAUUGGUGCCUUCGGCUGCCUCUUGAGCGCUGCAGCCUAUGCCGAGCUCUCCAGCCGCGUGGUGGCCGCGGGCUCCGUUUACGCCUAUGCCCAGGCGACAGGCCUGGGCAGAUCCAUCAUGGCUGUCGCAGCGCUGUGCCUGGUUGUGGAGAAUAUUCCUGGAGUUGCGCGGCGGUUUCUGUGGACUGGGCCGGAAAGCUAUUGCGAACGGACCUUGGACUUCCUGUCCCUUCGGCACGAAGUUGCACAGGCAGUCAAGGCACUCUUUGAAGGGAAGUUGGAAGUUUUGGUCACAGGACUGGAUCCUUCGGUGUUCCUGGUGCUCUUCUGCACUGCCCUCCUGGCAAGGGGUACACGAGCCUCCAAGCUCUUGGGACUACGAAGUUGUGACAAGACGGAACCUGGAAUCAAGGCAAAGGUGGGCCUGAUCCUCUUCCUGAUCCUCGGCACCCUGAUGGCCUUUGAUACCAGGAACUUAGACUCCUUCUUCGGAUUCCUGGGCUUUGAUGCUGUCUGCGCGCUUGCCUCGGACACCAAGGAUGCCAAGAGGGUGGUGCCCUCAGCCCUCUUCUUGGGCCUUUUCAUCUCGGGUGGUCUUACCUGUCUUGCAGGCUUUGCCUUGGUCUCAGCGGUUCCAGCAGCGCGAAUCGACCCUUCUGCAGGCUUCGUUUCAGCUUUUGAGAUCUUGGGCAAGGACUUUGCAGCCGCAGUCGUCGCCGUUGGAGAGCUACUGGUGCUUCCUGUGGUGGCUUUCGGCUGCUUGCUGCCCCUUGGUCGGCUCCUUUGUUGCCUUGCAGAGGAUGGUUUCUUGCCGCCUCAGCUGGCGCAGAGGGACAGCAAAGAUCAGCCGCUGCUUGCGACUUUGUCGGGGGGCGCAGUCACAGCUCUCUGUGCUGGCUUGGUGCCUUUUGAGGACUUGAAUGACAUCUGCAGCGCAGCGGUAUUGACUUGUUUCAUCCUCGCGUCAGUGUGCGCGCUCGUGGCCCGACAAGAAGGUUCUCGGCAAGCCGAAGUUCGGAACCUCCUUGCAAGCUUCGUCGCCUGUGCCUUCUCCGCCUCUUGGUUCUGCAGCUAUCCAUGA